CGUAGGGCCGGCUCCGCCUGGACUGAGAGUCGGUGCUGGCUAGAGGUUAACUCACUGGCUCUCCCGGAGGACAGUGCGAUAGACUGCGCCCGGAGUGCGGCUGCGGGUUCGAGCGUGGGCGAGAACUCCCCAAGUUGGGAGGAUGCUGGUGGUGGAGGUCGCUAAUGGCCGCUCCCUGGUGUGGGGCGCCGAGGCCGUGCAGGCGCUGCGGGAGCGCCUGGGAGUCGGGGGCCGCACGGUGGGCGCCCUGCCCCGCGGGCCCCGCCAGAACUCUCGCCUGGGCCUCCCGCUUCUGCUAUUGCCCGAAGAAGCCCGGCUCCUGGCCGAGAUAGGUGCUGUGACCCUAGUCAGCGCCCCGCGCCCGGAUCCCCGCAACCAUGGCUUGCUUACUUCUCAGGCUCUAGCAUCGUUCAAACGCCAGCAAGAGCAGAGUUUCCAGGAGCAGAGCACUUUGGCAGCCGAGGCCCGUGAGACCCGGCGUCAGGAGCUCCUCGAGAAGAUCGUAGAGGGCCAGACUGCGAAGAAGCAGAAGCUGGAACAGGAUUCAGGGGCGGAUGAAGGCCAGGAGGCCGGUGGAAGCGAAGCUACCCAAGGCAGUGAGACCAGUGACGACAGCCAGGCUCCUGCGGAGCAGGACGGAGCAGACUCUUCAUUUCCCCAGCCAGGCCCUUCAAACGGGGUGACCCCCUUGCCCAGAUCAGCCCUGCUCAUCCAGCUGGCCACAGCUAGGCCUCGGCCUGUAAAGGCUAAGCCUCUAGACUGGCGCGUGCAGUCCAAAGACUGGCCCCAUGCUGGCCGUCCUGCCCACGAGCUGCGCUACAGCAUCUACCGAGACCUGUGGGAGAGAGGUUUCUUCCUCAGCGCAGCUGGGAAGUUUGGGGGCGACUUCCUGGUCUAUCCUGGUGACCCGCUGCGUUUCCAUGCUCACUACAUCGCCCAGUGCUGGUCUGCAGAGGACCCCAUCCCACUUCAGGACCUGGUCUCUGCUGGCCGCCUGGGAACCAGUGUCAGAAAGACCCUGCUUCUUUGCUCCCCUCAGCCUGAUGGCAAGGUGGUCUACACUUCCCUGCAGUGGGCUAGCCUGCAGUGAGCCAGAGACUAAGGGGGAUGUGGCUCUGUGCAGCAAGAAUGCUCCUGGAUGGUCACCUGAGCUCAUCUCACGGAGGCUUGUGCUCUCUUGUUCUUCCUGGUUCUGAUUCCAGGGUUUAAACACUACAUCCUUUCUAGUCCCGUCCCCCCCCCCUCCCCGUUUUAAGGUGCUUACUACCUGUGUUUUGUAUUUCUGUUUGCAAACUGAGCUUAUUGAGAGUGGAGACCGUUCCUGUUGGGCUUUGCUGUUUGGCUUAAGUGUCAGCAGUUCUCAAUAAAUUUGUUGAAUAAA